GUCAUAGAGUCGCGAUAAACCGUAUAAUAAUCAUGACUUCACUAAAGCCAGUGAUCAUUUCUUGGAUAUUCAUUUUUUUGGGAUUAAUAUUUGUGACGAAGUUACAGGGUGGUCCAUUGCCCAGAAAUUUCACUAAAAUGGGCUACAGUUUUGUGAAUACCUGUCACGAGGGUGAGAUACCUUUGAGAGGAAUUUGUAGAAAGGGGGUCGCAAGGGGUAAACGACAAACAACCUGUGAAAUAUUUAAUGUUCCGGGAAAGUUAUUAAAAAGGGCCGUAAAGUUAAAUAAGCCAAAAAUUAAGAAAGCUCUCGCUAAGCAAUCGGAGGGAUUCAUAAACACUUUAUCUGGCCGGAUCCAGGCCCCGGAGGCUUCUAUACGAUUCCGAAAAGGGAAUUUUAAAGUAUUAGGGAACGAUACCAAGCACGAAGAAAUUGUUUACUAUAAUUUGAAGCUUUUUGGAAUCUUUAAGAUUUAUUGUAUAGAGGGUCCUUUUAAGAUUCAAAGAGAGUUUUUAGCCUCUGCUUUAGGCUAAUUUUUAUUUUUUU